AGAAAACUGAUUUAUUUACAUAUAAUAACACAUAAACAAUUCAAUAUGAUGUAUGAUGAGUUUGUAAGAUAAUUUGCUCAUAAGAUUUACAAGAAAUUGCAGUGAACAAAAAAAAGAUUUAUAAGAAAUUGCAUAUUCUAGAGAAUAUCUAUUUUUAGUUGUGCAUAAAGAUAGUUUUAAAUCAACAAGAAAAGUUACAAUAGGAAUUGCGGAUACAAUAAAGUAUUUCUCAUAUAUUUCUGUGACCAGCUUUGCUAUAUUAAAUUGAAAAGAAAAUAAUAGUGGCACUAAUCCAUAGAAAGCCGAGUCUCUCCCUCAUCUCUUUCUAUCUCAAAGAAGAAGAAAGAGAGAGACAGAAACCCUAAACAUCGUGCCCUUUAAGCUACGAUAUCUUCAGUUUUGUUGAAGUUCAUUUUGCUUGCUUGUUUGCCUUCUCUCUUUCACUGUCUUCUACCUCUUGCCUCUAACAGAAGCAAUACUUUCCGACCUCCAAGGGCAAAGGAGAAAAGGGAAGCAUCUUUAAUUUUUUUUAAAGAAGAGUACGCAUAAUGGAGAUAGGCUCGUCGUCCACAGUGGCCGGAGGAGGACAGCUCUCGGUGCCUCCAGGUUUUCGGUUUCAUCCAACCGAGGAGGAGCUUCUCUAUUAUUACCUCAAGAAGAAGGUUUCUUAUGAACCAAUUGAUUUAGAUGUCAUUAGAGAAGUUGAUCUCAACAAGCUUGAACCUUGGGAUCUUAAAGAAAAAUGCAGAAUCGGGUCGGGUCCUCAAAACGAGUGGUACUUCUUUAGCCACAAGGACAAGAAAUAUCCAACUGGAACCCGAACGAACCGGGCCACUGCAGCCGGGUUCUGGAAGGCUACUGGUAGAGACAAAUCCAUACACCUAAACAGCUCCAAGAAGAUUGGACUUCGUAAGACUCUUGUCUUCUACACUGGUCGUGCUCCUCAUGGCCAAAAAACUGAAUGGAUCAUGCACGAAUAUCGCCUAGACGAUAACGAAAACGAGAUCCAGGAAGAUGGGUGGGUUGUAUGCAGAGUGUUCAAGAAGAAGAACCAUUUUAGAGGAUUUCACCAAGAACAAGAUCAAGAUCAUCAUCAUCACCAAUACAUAAGCACCAACAAUGAUCAUGAUCACCAUCAUCAUCAGCAUCACACUGAAUCCAAUUCAAACAAUCAUUCUUCUUUGAUCCCACUAUCUCUGGAUCAUCAUCAUCAUAACAUGGGAAGACAGAUCCACAUGCCGUUACAUGAGUUUUCAAACACUUUAAGCCACGGGUCAAUGCAUCUCCCUCAGCUCUUUAGCCCUGACUCGGCCGCAGCAGCAGCAGCAGCCCAACCGUUUGUGUUGUCAAUCAACACAACAGACAUUGAAUGCUCACAGAAUCUACUGAGGCUGACUUCUAACAACAACAACUAUGGCGGAGACUGGUCGUUUCUGGACAAGCUUCUCACUACGACCAACAUGAAUCAGCAGCAGCAAGUGCAGAACCAUCAGGCAAAAUGUUUUGGUGACUCAAGUAACAACGACCAGGCUGUUACUCAUGACCAUCUGGGCAAUAAUAAUGGUAAUGAAAGGUUCCCGUUUCACUAUCUGGGAAACGAUGCUAAUCUUCUCAAGUUCCCAAAGUAGACCAAAUCAAAUUUGAUUUGAUUUGUUCAAUCUCAUGUUUUCAAUUUUACUCUCUUCUUUAAGCUGUUGGACUUAUCACAGCAACCACGUUAAUGUUUCUGAAAUCUGUUACAUUUUUCUUCUAUAAUUCGGUCUUUCAUUAAUGAAAAACUACCCUCAAGGUUCAA